AAAAUCAUAGGUUUAAUCAUAGCUUUUCUUUAAUUUCUUUCAUAAAAGCUUAAUUAUACCACCUCAUUUGUAAAUUGUUUCUUUAUUAUUUAUUUUGAAAGUAUUAUUUGUGAACUGAGAUUGGUGAAAUCUCCCAAUAGCAGUGUUGCGUCUCCUUAUCUUUGUAUUCUCGCAUGUGAGUCUAGACUUUACAUUCUGGUGUCUUUUGUUAAUGUGAUCUCAUCCUUUUCAGUCUCUGUGUUUUUUAUUCUCUUGAAAUAUAUGAAAGGCCAAUGUCACUUUCUCUCUCACCCUUUCUUUUCGUCUCUCUCUUUUCUUACUAAAGUAUUCAACAGAGACAGACAGGGGUUUUGCAAGGUUACCGUGAGUGAGUUUAAAUGGAGCUUGUGGUGAAAGUAAUGGCACUCUCGCGCCCUGUGGACAAUAAGCCGGCGGAUGAAACGGGGCUUAAGGGCUCGUGUAAUGCAUGUUAAUGUGACGGGCACCGUGAAAUGCGCCGGGGAUUAUUUAUCCAAAAACAUUUGUAUUCUUCUGUUGAAGAACGGCUGAUCCCGGAUAGCCGAGCACUAAUCCGUCUCUCCGUUAAUUAAAAAGAAGUCGAGAGCGGAGGAACUCCUGUUUUUUCAAAUGUAAUCAUUUCUGCUGGAGCUUUACCAUCUGCUGGAGGUUAAGUCUGACAGCAGAUUGUAUUCUGCGGUUAUUUAAACCUGGGUGGAGGAUUUCACCUCCCUGCAGAGACAAGACGGGUCAGAGGAGGCCGAAAUGUCGGGAAACAUAAGAAUAUGCUUGAUAUAAAAACAGGUUAACGUGGUUUGCUGGUCUCAACUAGUUUAGGAUGGUAAUUUGGCGUUCACCUGACCCGAUCUAGUUGGUGUUUGACCCUGGUCAGCCAAUCUGACUGUCUGACAAGGGUCUCAAACCCACUUGAACUUCAAAUCAGAGUUGACCAGCUUGGUAAGAACAGCACACCCACUUUUAAUGUUUUUUCUUCUUCUCUGUUUUCCCCAGCAGGGUUCUUCCCUCACCCCUCAAGAUGUGCCUACAAUGAUGAACUAUAAACUCCAACAAUGUGUGUGUGGGCCUGCUGUGAGGGAGAGAUUGUGUGUCUGACAGAAAGUCGUGCGCGUUCUUAAUUAGAACAUUCCUCCGAGGAUGCUCGUGGGGAGCGCGCAUCAUCGACUGGUGCACAAAAUGGUUUUAGAGUCAUGAGGAUUAUCCAUGAAAAUUAAAGAUUAGAUUUGGGGGAACAUGUGUCACUCCUUCAGAAGACACGAUUCGGAUUUGUCCCAUCAAAACAAUAACUUCUACAAUCCAUAAUCUUAUAAGUCACCCGAUCUGUUUUGUUGCGCAGGAUCAUAUGCGAAAAUAUGUCAGUAAUCAUAUAGCUUGUGCUUACAAGAACUUACAAGACCAGCGGGUCACGUCACGUAUACAUCCAACCGCGUUCUUAAAGGAACGGAAAAGGGAGGGGAGUCACUUUUUGAUGGGACACUGGCGGCAGUCUAGGCAAUGAACAAUCUGGUAAUUUAAUAAACAUUUGUUUAUUGAUUGAUUGAUUGAGGUUGCUUGAAAUCCACCUGGCUCAAAAUGAAUGAAUAUCUAUCUAUCUAUCUAUCUAUCUAUCUAUCUAUCUAUCUAUCUAUCUAUCUAUCUAUCUAUCUAUCUAUCUAUCUAUCUAUCUAUCUAUCUAUCUAUCUAUCUAUCUAUCUAUCUAUCUAUCUAUCUAUCUAUCUAUCUAUCACCCCACUAAACAAGGUCACUACUAGUGUAUUAGAAUAACAAACUACGGACUGAUGCUUUUCAGAAACGGAAAGUUGCACUGCCCUAUAAAACGAAGCAUUAAUUCGUAGAUUACUGUCUCACUUAUUUCAUAGUGAUUACGCGCGCUCGGUAACUCUCGAGUUAAACGUGUCUGUACAGUGAUUAUGCUCCGUGCUCUCAUGUCGCCGUCCGCCAAUACGAUCCCUCCCCACCACACACACACACACACACACACACACACACACACACACACACACACACGCACACACACACACACACCACCUCCCUCUCUCGUCUCACACACUCCUCAAAGCGUCUAACACACUGGAAAAUCAAAGCGCUCGCCUCUCCUGCUCACACACUGCCUGCGCUGCGCGCAAAGCGCACAACCCAAAAGAGACUCCAAGUUUCCAUUCUCUUUUAAAACGACGACUUUUGCACUUUUUAAAAAGAUUUUUAUUCCACUUUAGAAAAUAAUGUGAGUGCGUGUUGUGUACAGAAAAUGUUUUUUGUUUUUGUUUGAGUCUUUCACAGCUGAACAUGAAUCUUCUCUGUGAACGCAGCUGAGAAUAUCUGAUUUUAGGAAGAUGGACCGGAGGCUUCCGAGGAGGCGAUGGACGUUGGCAGGGCAGGUUGUUUGUCUGCUCUUGUGUGCGUGCGCUCUGGACCGGGUUUUGGCGCAGAUUCGCUAUUCAAUUCCAGAGGAGUUGGAGCACGGGGCUUUCGUUGGAAAUAUCGCAGAGGACUUGGGCUUGGACGUGGCCAAACUGUCUUCGCGGAGAUUCCGGAUUGUAUCUGGCGCAAGAAAACAAUAUUUAGAGGUGAAUUUGGAGAACGGGAUUUUGUUUGUGAAUGAGAAGAUUGACCGCGAGGAGCUCUGUGAACAAAGUCCCGUUUGUUUCUUGCACUUGCAGGUGGUUAUUGAGAACCCUUUGGAACUGUACAGGGUCGAGGUGGAGAUCUUGGACGUGAAUGAUAACGCUCCCAGUUUCCCGUGGAGCGAGUUUAAUCUGGAGAUCACGGAAUCUGCUGCGCCUGGCUCCCGGUUCCCGCUGGAGAGCGCGCAGGAUCUUGACGUGGGCUCAAACUCUCUCCGCUCGUACUUACUGAGCGCCAAUCAACACUUCCUGCUGGACAUUCAGACCCGUAACGAUGGCAGCAAGUUCGCCGAACUCGUUCUGCAGUCGCCGUUGGACCGAGAGCAGCAGAAGACGCACGAGAUGGUGCUCACGGCCGUGGACGGUGGUUCCCCGUUGCGCUCGGGCACGGCUCAGAUCACGGUAACUGUGCUGGACGCGAAUGACAACGUACCCGUGUUCGACCGCUCCGUAUACCGGGUCAGCUUGGUGGAGAACGCGCCGAGAGGCACGCUCGUGCUCAAACUGAACGCCACGGACCUGGACGAAGGCGCGAACGGCGAGAUCACCUAUUCGUUCAGCGGGCACGCGCCUCUGAAGGUGCGGGAGCUGUUUAGCGUGGACUCUCACUCAGGUGAGAUUCGGGUGAAGGGAAUCGUUGACUAUGAGAGGGCCAGCGUGUACGAGCUCUACGUGCAGGCGAAAGACAAGGGUCCCUCCGCCGUGGCCGUGCACUGUAAAGUGCUGGUUGAUAUUCUGGACGUGAACGACAAUGCGCCCGAGGUCAUAUUAACCUCUGUGUCAACACCUGUUCAGGAAGACGCGCCGCCGGGCACAGUGAUAGCCGUGAUCAGUGUAAUGGACCGCGACUCCGGAGAGAACGGAGCUGUGGAUUGCCAGAUCCCCGGAAACGUGCCGUUCCAGCUGCACUCCUCUUUUAAAAACUAUUACACACUUGUGACCAGCGAGUUUCUCGACAGAGAGUCUGUCUCGGAGUACAACAUCACCCUCACGGCGCGCGAUCUGGGCUCGCCGCCGCUGUCCACCAGAAAGACGAUUCUGGUUCAAGUGUCUGACAUUAACGACAACCCGCCGCGCUUCAUUCAGCCCUCGUACACUGUAUAUGUGACCGAGAAUAACGCCCCGGGCGCUUCCAUUUGCUCGGUGACCGCAUUCGAUCCUGACUCUAAUCAGAACGCGUAUUUGUCCUACUCCAUCCUGGAGGGUCAGAUUCAGGGCAUGCCCGUGUCCACUUAUGUCUCCAUCAAUUCCGAUAACGGCAACAUCUACGCGCUGCGCUCUUUCGAUUACGAGCAGCUCCGGAACUUUCAGAUCCGUGUGCAGGCGCAGGACGCCGGUUUCCCACCGCUCAGCAGCAACGUGACCGUCAAUGUUUUUGUUUUGGAUCAGAACGACAACGCGCCGGUCAUCCUGUCACCACUGCCGAGAAACGGCACCGUGGCCACUGAGAUGGUGCCCAGAUCGGUGGACGCUGGAUACCUUGUGGCUAAAAUCACGGCACUCGACGCGGACGCGGGGCAAAACUCUCGCCUGUCAUAUCAGGUGCUGCAGGCGACAGAUCCCGGGCUGUUCAGCGUGGCUCUGUACACCGGGGAGAUCAGGACGAUCCGCCGCUUAGUGGACAAAGAUGCCAUUAGGCAAAGACUCGUCAUACUGGUCAAGGACAACGGACAGCCGCCGCUCUCGGCCACCGUGUCCAUCAUUCUCUCGGUGGUGGACAGCGUGCCGGAGUCGCUGUCCGAUUUCGGUGACCUCUCGCUCAGCCCCCAGCCCCCGUCUAACCUCGCGCUCUAUUUAAUCGUGUCACUGAGCACCGUCUCUCUCAUCUUCCUCGUGGCCAUCAUCGUUUUGGCGGCCGUGAAAUGCUACAAGGACCACGACUCCCUCGGCGGCUACGCGCUCUCCUCGCUCGGUGCCGCGUGCUGCAGCUUCGAACCGGAGCCGCCCGCCGAGGUGUUCAAAAAGUCGAAUCUCAACCUGCAGAUCUCCACCGGCGCGAAAGUGCCCACGAACUGCGUGGAGGUAAACAGCAAUCCUGGAAAUCUCUCUCAAGCGUACUGUUACAAAGUGUGUUUGACGCCCGAAUCUGCAAAGAGCGACUUUAUGUUUCUCAAGCCUUGCAGUCCUGGCACACCGAGAAAUAACGCGGCGAGAGGAGCGGACAACCUGGCGCUGAGCUCACAGAGCCGCUGCUCAUCCGUGAACAACGGAGCGACUACACCGAACGAGCUGAAACAAGCAAACACUGACUGGGCCCUCACCAAAAAUCAAACCUCCUCUCUGAAAAGUUGUAACUCUGUGAACAUGGAUGGUACUCUGAUGCGUAAAGCCAUGCAGGCCGAACCAGAGAAUUAUGUGGGUCAAAUGGCUGCCGGACAGUACUGGACCUGGGGAACCCGCUCGAAAGAGUACCGGAUGCAUUCUCCAGCAGGGGUUUCUCAGAGGGCGUGGACGCCUCACUACACACCCCAACACAACCCCACCCACCACCUGCAGCAGCAACAGCAGCCCACGGCGCAGACCCACCCGCACCCUCCACCGGACUACCAGCACAACGUGUACAUCCCCGGCACGCCCUCCGGCUUCUGCACCCUGCGGCCCAGCUACCGCAGCGAGCUUGACGUCCACAACUCUUUCUCCACCUUUGGCAAGAAACGUAGGUUCAUCUCUCCCAGCAGCUAUGACCCGCAUGAUGACACGGGGGCAGAUGUCAUCAACAAUGACUUAUAUAAUGAAUAAAACAAGACAAAAGGACCUAAUCAGUGAUGAUGAACAAAAAGAGUGACUUGUUAUUGUUACCAAAGCAUAGCACUCAUCAUGUAGUCUCAGCAUCCGGUGGUUCGCUCAAAGACCGCCACAGUCUGAUGCAUAUUGCACAUGCAAUGCAAUGCAACUUCCAUGAUUUGGGGUGUACAGGUUUGUAUUAACCAAACUGGGGGAAAAAAAUGAUGCCAGUGUAAAAUUAUGAUCACUGGAUUUGCCAUUUGACAUCUUUGAAAGCUGUUAAGAGUUGUUCAGAAGUGGAACUAUAUAGUCCACUUUGUUUUCUGUCUGUGAAAGUAUUAUUUUUAGCAGAAAAGAAAUCCUUGCCACAAAGUUUCAAAAACAUCUCCCCUAGUUUCUUCUGUUUUCCAUACAACCAUAGAGUGCAACAGUGCUGCCCACUUUUUCAGUGGAGUUUGUUCAAGAAGUAUUUUCCCCAUUGGGAUCUUAAAGAAAAGUCUUUGUUAAAAAGUUAGAAGCCAUGAACCAAAACAACCAGCUACAGGGUGAAUCACAACAUUACAAAUGUUGAUUUGAAGCCAAAACGUAUUUAAAAAUUGGACAAAAAGUCAAAUGUCUUUAAGGAGGGAAAGAACUACAAUCCCAUGAAGCAUUGCGGAUGACAUAAUUGA